AUGUCCUUCAAUUCGCAAAAAAACAGAGGCACCAGCGUCUUCCGUCGGAAAGAUACGCCCAUUGCUCCUGGCAAUGGUUUCGACCACAAUAAAAAACGCAUGAAUGCGUCGAAUCCUCCCACUGCUCCUCGCAGUUUUCAAGAUGCUCCUGGCAUCAACUCCGGCUACAAAAAAAAACGCAACAACUGGUCGGACUCCUCGGCUGCUCCUGGCGCCUCAUCUGCUUUAGGCGGAUCCUCCACUGCUGCUCCUGGCGGCUUCAAUGGCGCUCCUGGCACCAACUUCGACUACAAUAAAAAACGGAAUAACCGGUCGAACGGCAAUCAAAGGAAUCAAGUUCCUUAUCAAAAUCGGAAUCAGAACACUGGCUACAAUAACAAACGCAAUAACGCGCCAAACAACGGUGUUCGUUCUGGAAACAUUUCUCGCAAUAACGGUCCUUACCGUGGUAACCAAUACCAAAAUCAACAGUGGAACAAUCAACGGGCCAACCAAGGCCGUCAGCGAUUGUCUUCUCAGGAUCAACACCAAGACGUUGAUAUGGAUCGCCCUUCAAACUUCAAUCAAGGCCGCAACUUCAACCAAGGCAUUCAAAAGUUCAAUCGAGGUGGAUACAAUCAACGGGCCGGUCGUCAAAACGCCCACUUCAACAACGUAGUAAGUACCAAUCCUUACCCCGAUGACGAAGAUGGAGACAUGUCCGAAGAUAAAUACGACAUUGAAGACGAAGAUAUGUCCGAAGAUGAAUCAGAAUCCGAGGAUGAACCUGAAUACAAAUACAAACAAACAAAGUCUAACAAUUCCAAACAGCCCAAAAAAUUCCAACGUGUAUUCCGAGACAUCGGCAUCGACACCGAAAUGACAGAUGCACCAUCUGAUGAACCAGUACGUCUAGACCUAACCCCCUUCUUCCGCUACAAUUCCAAUCUCACCACCUUCUUCGGACACCCUUCCAUACCGUUUACUGACUACUACCAGAGCGACAUCGAAAUGAUCGACGCGCCCCCUCUCAUUACCGGCCCGGUAGGUGAAUUCCAGGAAUACACUACUUUAAAACCCUGGCGACAUUCACUACGAACAUUCACUAAUCAAUUCCGGUCCCGACAGAGAAUCAAAGCCUUCGCUGAAGGCGCUCAGGCCCUCCAAGAUAUCGCGCACAAAAUGACCAUCCUCGUUGGACAACUGGAUCCUUCUGUGCUGCUUGACUACAACUGCACUGCAUGA